ACCACACUCAUCCCACAUCCCUCCCUCCCUCCCUCCCUCCCUCUCCCUCUCUCUCUCUCUCUCUCUCUCUCUCUCUCGGAAUCCGAGAAGACGACAGGAGCCUUCUCGUGGUCAUAAUUCACCGGCGCUGCUCCCCUCCGCGGCCGCACCGCCGCCGAACGCUCCCAACGGAUCCUUAAUUCCGCCACUUGUACGCCCCAAUUGAGGCACUGAAGCACAGAAUUCCGAGUAAAUGAGGUGUAAAAAGCAUCCUACUGACCUGAGCAGCGCCGCCGGCGUCUGCGCCUCGUGUCUCCGUGAGCGCCUCCUUCAACUCAUCGACGAGCAGGCCCGUGCCGAUGAGGCUCUCGCCCUCGCCCGGCAGCUGGCUCACUCCCAUUCCCGCUCUUCAGACGAUCGCCGGAGACCCGAACCCCAACCUCCCCAGCCGGCCUUCCCCCGCUCCGUCUCCCCCUACGUCAGCCGCCGGAAGUCUGACAACUACCACCGGCGAUUCUACAGUACUCCGCAGGUUGGCCCCACGUUCAGCGCUACCUGCAGCUUCCUCCCCUCGGAGAAGAAGCAGAGCAAGCUCUCGCGGUUCGUGAAUCUGUUCAGAUCCAGAUCCGAUAAGAUCAACUCGGACCCCUCGGUUUGCUCGAAUUCAGACCCUAGGAUUUCUCCUCACCGCGAUUCCUGCCAGGCGUCGUCCUCGUCGUCGUACUCUGCGUCCUGGCUCUCAUUCCUCCCACGCCGCCGCCGGAAGCAGCAGGCGAAUGGGGACAUCACCAGCUCUCAAGCCGGCCGUCGGCCAUGCCGGAUAUCGAACCGCGGGAUGUCUCCGGAGAGAGGAUUCGAAUUGGACGACCACUUAGAAAGUGGAUACUCGUCGGAGUCAUCGCAACAAGGAUGGCGGAGGACGCCGGUCAUGGCAGUCACUCCGGCUUCAGUGCGGCGGAAACGUGCGGGGCGCACGAAGAGCGCUUCCAGCAUGGCCUUCUGCUUGAGUCCCCUGGUGAGGGCUAGUCCGAGCAGGCAGUGGAACCAGAAGGGAGUAGGCCUGCAGUCGGAGAGUGGCGUCUCCGGGGAAAUCAGGGUCCCGGGGAAGCCGUACCUGUCGACGACGGCGUCGUGCUCCGGCAACCGGUCCCGCAAGCUCACCGAUUUCGGGAGGGUCGCCUACAACCGUUGAUCGGUACUGGUGACAGUUGACACUGACGCAUGACACAGGCUGUGGUAGCGGUAAAAUCCUUUUCUUACCGUGAAAGUACCGUUUUGCCCCUAUUCACCUCAGAUUUUUACCGUACAGCGCCAUGGGAUCGCGAUACGUGGCUUAAUGCUAGAAUAACAUUUUACGCAUAUACAGAGCAGAAGGACGGACUGAUCGAAUAGAGUAGAAGAGAUUGUAUUUCAAUGCUGAUUUCUAGCUUCUCUGUAAAGUACAUAUAUCCAUACAAUACCGAAUUUUACCGUACAUUGCGGAGUUCACAUUGGAAUAGUUUUCGGGUUGUUCUUGUUUGUUGCGCAGUUGAUGCAUCAUCUAAAAGUAGAGGACCGUGGCAAAUUACAUGAUUGAAAUCAUGUACAAUGGUAGAAUCACAUGACACAAUUGGAUGAUUCAGCACAUACAUUCUUCUUGUCUUUUUUUUUUUUGGGGGGGGGGGGAAUAAUUUUUGUAUUGGGUUUGCUCUAGUCAAGUGGUUGUGGUAUUAAUUUGCUGAAAUGACAUGUCUUGGAAAUUA